AUGGUAGGUGGCGGCCACACGAUUUCGUCGCGGCCACACGUUGAGUCGUUGCUUGCAUCGGAAUUUAGGGGCGACCUGAAAAGACCGGAGUUACAGAGGAGAAGCAGGCGACUCUCUGUCACGGCAGUGAAGCUCUUUGGCGACUGUAUUGAAAUGUUUGCGGAUAAUGAGGACCCCAGUCGCCCUCUUAGGCCAGGUGACUCGGCCGCCGGCGGCCUUCCCGAGGACCACAAACCCGCGGUUAUCCCGGCUCGUGAGAACAAGAUACGCGCACCGCGGAAAAGUUUCAAAACUCCUGGCUGUAUGGGUUCCGAAUUUCUCCACAAGGCGCUUCGUUCGCGCUUCAUAACAAAGACACAAACGAAAAAGGGUCCCAACGUAACCGAUUUGGGGGGAAGCGCGAAAACGCGGCCGAUGUUCCGUCCUCCUGUUGGAUGCUCUCAAGAGGUCCCUCAAAUAGCCAAGCCAGAAAACGGCAGACAGUAUCAUUCGCGCCUGAGCUUGAUCAGCCUCGUCUGGAAUUCGGGCAGUGCCGCAAAAGCUCCGUUCGUGGCAUCAAUCCCACGACUCCGGGCAGCCUUGCAUAGGACCGACAGACGAGAGGCUUGCGCUUUUGUUCAACUCCCCCUUUCUGUACAGUUCUGCGAGUGGGUUAGUCGACGUGCUCGUCUCAAAUGUUUCGCGACACAGACACACACUUUUAGAAGCGAAAUCAUAAGCAAGGAAUGCCGCCUUCCUCUUGUGAGAGAGCCAAGGAGGCUCUUCUUGUCUUGUAUGUCUUGUCCGGCAAGACUGCUAGCUGGCUAG